AUGUGCGCGGGCGCGCCCGUGCUCACCUGCCGAGCCGACCGGCGGUGCAGCCUGUCGAGCCCACUGCAGGUCAACCUCGCGCUCGGCUCGGUUCUGGGCACCAAUACCGCGUACGGGUCGCAGCGAUUCACGCUCCCGUACGCGCAGCCUCCUGUGGGUGAGCUGCGGUUCGCGGCGCCGCAGCCUUUGACAGCUCUGCCCAACCGCACCGCAGCGUAUGAUGCAUCGCAGCUGCCCAAAGCAUGCAUGCAGCAGCCAGAUUCGCGGUAUGGGAUCGCCGCCGACAACGUGAGCGAAGACUGCCUCUACCUCAACGUCUUUCGCCCCAAACCGUCGACGGAGGGUCCGUUGCCCGUGCUCGUGUGGGUGCAUGGUGGCAGCUUCAUUGCGGGUUCGUCUACGGCUCCUGGCCUCGACGCGUCGUAUCUGGCUGCGCAGAACAACGUGGUGGUCGUCACGAUCCAGUACCGCCUGGGUAUGUUUGGCUUCUUUGCGCCCGAGCAGUUCACGGAUGAAUCGCAGGUGGGACCGGGCGCAAAGCUGAGCGGCAACCAGGGCGUGCGCGAUGCCAUCCAGGCACUCAAGUUUGUGCACGACAACAUUGGUGCGUUUGGCGGCGACGCCUCGAGCGUCACGCUUGCCGGACAGAGCAGCGGAGCGCAUCUGAUCCGCACGCUUCUCUCGACUCCUUCGGCAACAAGCCUCUUUCACAAGGCCAUCCUGCACUCGGACCCCGCCAACUUUGGCACGCAGACCGCCAGCACCAGCGACGCGGUGAGCCGGUACGCCAUGGGCCAGACGAGCUGCUCGGACGUGGCGUGCCUGCGUGCCAUGUCGGCUGGCGACGUGCUGGAUGCGAGCAUGCAGACGGUGCAAGCUGCGCAGAGCAUCGACGACGCCGUUGCGGUGUCCGAGGUGUGGCGGCCCUUCGUGGGCCAGCUGACGGGGACGCCGUUCGAGGCGAAUCCGGCGGCUGUGGCGUCCAAGCCGAUCAUCGUGACCAACGUCGAGAACGAGGCUGGCUCUGUGAUUGGCAAUCUGCUGCUUCCGACGGGCAUGAAUCACGACACUGCCGAGAUGCGGGCGUGGCCGAUGUCGCUGUCGCGCCAGCAGCUGCUGGGGCAAAUGUUCAACGGCGGCCGCGCGGACGUGCUCGACUCGACGACGCAGUACUCGAUGGCCACCAACGUGUCGGCGUACCCAGCACCGGUGCAGGUCAAGCUCUACUCGAGCGCACAGGACGGUCUGAGGCGAAACCUCGAGACCGUGCUGACGCAGGGUAUGUUUACAUGCGCCGCUUGGAACAAUGCGCGACGCUACGCCGCUGCGGGCCAGGUGUACGUGGGCCUGUUCGAGCGCGGCAUCACCUACCCGACGAACGAAGGCAACGAUUACUGUGCGCAGGAUAAGGUGUGUCACGAGGACGACAUUCGCCUGGUGUUUGCCGAUCCUAGCCAGGUGGAUGAAUCGAAGCGCGCAGUGGUGCAGGAGGUGCAGGCACGCUGGGUGGCUUUCAUGCGAAGCGGAAACCCCAACACUGCCAACUACGCUGCGUGGCAGACUGUGAGCACCAGCAGCCAGUCUGCACACGUCCUGCGUCUGGGAUCGGCCGACGCUUCGGGUGCCGCCUCGACGCUUGACACCAUCUCGCUGCAAGCCAACCAGUAUGCCGGUUGUGGCCAGGUGUGGGGCAGCACGGCAAAGUUCGACUGGCAGCUAUAUGGCUGA